AGCAAGAAAAUAUCCAUCAAUUGCAGUCAUUAUAUUUGAGUUUGUGAGAGGAACAUAAAGAGUUCCUUUCAACUCCAAAAAAGAGAAAAAAAAAACAAAAAUAUGGGAGCUUGUGCUAGUGCACCGAAGGACUUGAAGGCUGAGGCCAAGGCAGCCCCUCUACCGGAGCAACCAAAGGAGGAGGAAACCACCGCCGCCGCCGCCGGCAGCCCGGAGGUGACAACCGUUGACAAGGAGGUGAACGGAGAAGAUGAAGAAAAGAAGGUGGAAGAUGGUGAUGUUGCUAAGCCAAAGGAGGAUGAGAAGGUGGCCGGGGAUAUUAACAAAUCCAAUUCUCUUGGGUCGUUGCUUGAUGAGACCGAAGUAGAAAAGGAGUCAGUUAAAGAUGAGAAAAGCUCGGAAACCACAGAGAAAAAACCAGAAGAAGCAAAGGUGGAGGAACUUCCAGCAUCAGAUGCCAACAAAGACACUGAUGCUCAACAACCAGCUGCUGCAGAAGAGGUUGAAAAGAAAUCAACAUAGAGUUUAAUCCAAGACAUGGUCUCAAGAGAGCUUCAAAUUAAAUGAUAAAUGCAUAUGCUUUUUUGUUGGUUACUUGAGGGUCAAGGAAAAAUUGUGUAGCAAAAUAUAUUUGAUUGGAACAUAUAGGGACUUGCAUGGGUUCUAAUGGUGGAUAUAUAUAUAUAUAUAUAUAUAUAUAUAUUGUUUUUGAAGUAUCUA